AUGGAUUCACCAAGUAUCGAACAUCCCAAAGAGCAUCUUAACGAGAGUCCAUCAGAGUCUAUUCUCUAUGAUACCGAGAAACUUCCAUCAUCAAACAGUGAUUUGUCAAAAGAAUCUGUCGAUGCACAGCUGAAAAGGAGCGCUUGGGCAGAAAAAGCAGAGGCUAUCCGCAAAGCCUGCGACUCUCAAGAUGUGGAAGCGUUGGCUUUCCAUGCUAUAAGCAAAGGGGGAUUGCUAGAGGAUGGCCUCCGACAAAUCGCUUGGCCAAUUCUACUGCAGUGUGAGCAGGACUUGGGAAGUCUGAAGCCCUCAAAUACACUUCCAAAGCAUGCCGAUGAAGAGCAAGUUGACCUGGAUGUCAACCGAGCAUUUGUCUACUAUCCUACUGAUCUCUCUGAAGAAGGGAUUGCAGAAAAGAAAGAGCAGCUCUUGAGCCUCAUCACUCAGAUCCUCCGCAACUACCCAAUGCUCUGUUACUUCCAGGGAUACCAUGAUAUUGUGCAGGUCUUUCUCCUGGUCAUGGGCAGCCAGCACGCUGCACUGGCCAUGGCUCAAGUCUCCCUUUUCCGCAUUCGAGACUAUAUGCUUCGAACUCUGUCUCCAGCUAUCAAGCAUCUACAGCUCAUACCUGCCAUCAUUGAAGCUGCCGAUCCCUCUUUGCGUCAACAUCUCUCCCACAUUCAACCUUUCUUCGCGCUGGCAGCUACUCUGACCCUGUACGCCCACGAUAUCCAGGAAUACAGUGACAUUGCUCGCCUGUACGAUUUCUUGUUGGCGCGAGAACCGGUAGUCUCAAUCUACCUUUUCGCAGCCAUGAUUCUUUCCCGAAAGAAAGAGCUUUUGAAUAUCCCGGUGGAUGAACCGGAGAUGCUUCACUUCACACUUUCUAAACUUCCACAGCCACUGGAUCUAGAUGGCCACAUCUUACGCGCAGAGCAACUGUUCAAAGACCACCCUCCCGAAUCUCUUCCCCACGGAAUGUGGAGAAAUAUUUCUCGAUACAGCGUACUCAAAACAUCCCGGGGUCCGUCUCAAAUUUACAACGUACAGGAGGCGAUAAGGCUCUUCGAGCAACAAAAUCGGCAAAUUCACAAUGAGGAGCGCCGAAAGCAGGCUCUUGAAUUUGCAUGGAAGCACCGCCGGACGAUGGGGUCUGUUACACUGGCUAUUUUGGUCGGUGCGGCAUCCUUCUAUCUUCGCAAGAAGGGAUUAGAUGCGUCGAUCUGGGCCUAUAUCGGUCGAGUUCAAUCAUUCGUUUCUUCAUUUAUUUGA